AUGGCAUCCGCGGCCAGUCCUCCCGAUCUCGAUCUGCUGGCCAGAGACAUCGGCUCGCGUAUCAACGAGGAGCUUCCCAACAUUCUGCGUCAACUUCUCAAUAAUGGACAAGUUGAUUGGGCUGCCGGGCAGCUCCAUUUCGAAUGUUCUCUUCUUAGUGGCAAUGUCAGGGCUGGGAAACGUUCACAGGCAUUUAAGGUAGCGUCAGUCGAGCUUGCCACAGACAUUGGCACCCCUCCAGGUCUUCCGACACCUACCGCAGAUCCCGAAAGACACCGUCUGCAAGACCCUCAGCCUCAACCGCCGUCUCAGAUUCCUUCUGAAACAAGCACAGUAGCUUGGUCUCCAAGGACAUUCAGAGCUCGACUUCCCGCUCCCUCGAUAUCUGACGAUGAGUCUCGGCCUGCUAAGCGACGAGCAACUGGAGGUCUUAGGAUUGGUAACGGUGACCAACAGCCUGACGCCAACAAUUCAAUCACGAGGCGCCUUGAAAGUGACGGGAGAGUGUUUCCCCAACGUAAGAAGCGGUCGCCAGAUAAUCCGAACUUACAGCCAUCGACAUUGGAGAAAUUCAUUGGCGGCGUAUGGGAGAGCAUCUUUUCAGGUGUAAAACUGGACCCGGCUGAAGUGAUUGAGCAAUGGCAGGCCAUAGAGUCAAGCGGUCAGCCGAAACUGCUGAUGGACGCCGAGAGCGAGAUAGCCGGGCGUGAUGACUCUGUCGUGCAAGGCAUGUUCGGACGGAUGAACGUUCUCGCGCGAAAGAUUAGCCAGACCAGCCGAACGUGCAGGUCUUUGGAGGUCAUUGUACAGGCACGUUGGGUGCAAGCUUUCGAUGAUCGAGUGAUCGAGCUGACGGCAAGUAUGACCAAGGAGAAGGCCAAGAAGGCAGCCAUUUCAGAAGCCUGUGUGGAUUUCAAUUGGAGCGAAAAGGAAUUGAGGAACAAGAUGGGCAUUUGGCGAGGCUAUCACGACAUUGCCAAAGCUGGAGGAUGGGCUGCUCUUGUUUUUGCUGGCAUGGGCCUCUAUCGCUUCUGCAAAUAUCGAGUCUCAUUCACAGAAGAAACUUUCCAGACACUAAAAGGUCUGAGACAUCGCUUUGAAGUCGCAGCAGACACUCUUCACCCCCGCUGGCGAAACCUCCUCGCCAUCGUCGGAAUCAUGGAAGAUCGAAAAUACACCGGCCAUCCCCACGACUGGGUCGUCUGCGGACCAAAUGACGAACCGAUUCCCCUCCCCAUAACCUAUCACCAGUGGGACAAGAGCUUCAGCUACAACCACCUGGAAGAAUCCCUCAUCGACGAAGACGCAUGGGGCCUCUUCGACCCUCGCACCGUCGUCCUAUCCACCGAAUCGUCGCCCCACCGUUGCACCGUCUGCAGCGAAGAGCAAUCCGAAGACCCUCGCCUCAACAGCUGCGCUUGCUUCCCGAACCUAUACGAUGCUAAAGCAGGCUCCAUACCCGUCCAAGUCUACCGAACACCCAACGGUAAGAACAACGGCCUCCUCGCGUGCUGUUCCUUUGAGAGAGGCAUGGCAGUCGGGGAGUUCGUAGGCGAGAUCACGUCCGGUCUGAGUAACAUGGACGUCAUGGUCGGCCAGACGGAGCGAGCGGCGUAUCAGAUCUGGCAGGGAAAACAGGGGAAUCAUACCCGCUUCGUGAAUCACUCGUGUCAGCCGAAUAGUCAGUUUGAGAGGUUUGUCUGGUUGGGCACGCAGCGGAUCGUGCUCGUUUCAAAGGGCAUUGAGGCUGGGGAGGAAAUUACUGUUGACUAUUCGGAUACGUAUUGGAAGGUGGAAUCUCGACAAAGAGUGCUUGUGUAA